AUGGGUGAGUUGAGUGUUGUGGAGACAGAGCAGGAGUUUGCUGAGGCCGCUCUACAGAAGCUGAUGACGAGGAUCAGUCCUGCGAUGCUCGUGAGAGACUUGAUGAUGCUGCAAGGGGCAGCCAAACCCAAGACAGGUGGAAAGUCUAAAGAUAAGGGUAAGCAGCUGCCUGUGUCUCCCCCGUGGCUGAGACAAGUGUGUGGUCGACUGAUGACGGACAUCUUGAUGCGUCCCAAGGGUCUUCUGCAUGUGCUGCAGGGUAUGCUUCCCCCAGGACCAGCACCAUCAGGAGCAAGAGUGGCAGAUUCCGUGGACUGGCAGAGAAGUCAGGCCAUCGCCAUGGUGAUAGCACACUGCCCCAUGCAGACAGCCUCAGUGGAAGAAUACUACAAACACAUCUCUCCCCAGAUAAGAGGCCUGCUUCAUCACAGUGAUCCUAAGGUUACUCAGAGGUUUCUGAGGGUGAUCGUGACCCUCAUUAAGGAGAUGACCAGUCAGUAUCCAUCACUGGGACAACAGCACCUGCUGGACCCCCUGGUGUCUCCGCUACAGCAGUGUGUGGACAGUCAUGGUACAUCAGUGACUUCCAAGAUACAGGUGGUAGCAUGUGGCAAGACUUUGACCCGAUGUAUAGAAGAUAUCUACAAGGUGUAUGUGAUCAGCACGGAGGCCAGGGACUGUCUCUGGCCAGUCCUCCGUCGCUAUGUGGCAGUUCUCUUCCAGCUGUACUUCAGCAGCAAGGAGGGCGUGUCACACCUCAGGUCAUCCUGUGAAGACAUACUCAUCACCUUCCUCAAGCAGGCUGAACCAGAUGUUUCCCUGGACAUUCUGUGGCUGCUGGCUACUGGUGUCCAUGGUAACAGUGUGAAGGACAUAUCACGGUGUCCCACUCAGUUGAUGUUCCAGCCAGGAGACAGUGGUGGGCUGCGUGCUGUACUGGCCCCCUCCGACAGUUGUGAGGAAGACGGCAUCUGUGUGGAGACUCGGGUGCGCUGCCUGGUGGAGCUGGUGAAGCACCUACAGGACAGCAGUGUCACAGGGGACUUCUUUAUCAAGCUGCUCCAGGAGCUAACGAUGAUGGUGUCAUCUCAGACUGGUGAUGGAGAAUCAAUUUCUGUCUCCUGCCCCGAGCCAGAGAAGGAGCUGCUAAUGCUGGAGCUUCAAGAUACACAGGAAGUGGAACUCUUCAACAGGAGGCUGAUUGUGCUGAACCUUCUGGCCUCUAUGUGUGAAGAGCUGGGGCCGUCCUGUCUUAACAAAACACAACACAUUCUGGCAUUUGUCAGAGCGACUCUGGAGCGAGGUGUAGAGGUGUGUCGGGCUACCAUGGAGGAGCUGACUGGACUGUUUGAGUCGGAGACACUGAGUAUGGCCAUGGGAUUGCUGACGGCAGUCAUGGGAGGAGCUGUACAGGUUGAAGAAGCUGAUAGACAGAUGAUGCAGGAGUUGUUGCCCCUGCUUGAUGGAAUCAGACAGGAACAUGCAUCAGAUGAAGUUAGAGAAAUGGCAGAUGAUAUUCGCAUUGCCAUAGCAACCAGAGGUGCCGUAUGGUCAGAGCUGAUGAAGAGCAAACAAGAUUUAAAGAAGCAAACACCACAGGCAAAAGACAAAGGGACAGACAAGAAAAAGGCCACUGACCGUAAGACUAAGAAACCAUUGAUAGAAGUUAUCUCAGAAACAUUGAAUGAAACUUCACAUGAUGUCAACAGCUGUCAAGCUGAAAUGAUCAAAAACGAGGAUGAGGUGCAAGCAGGUAACACAGGUUUAGCUGUUCCACAUGAAAGACCAACUCCAGCCUCCCUCGAAUCUUCUGGGCACCAACCUGUGUCUUCCCCGAAAGAAGGCAGUCCUUUCCCAGGAGAAAGAGAAGGCUCGGUUCAAGCCAGCAGAAAAGGAGGCUCUCCUCGUACAGGUGCAGAGGCAGACUCGCCUCACCCAAGUGGAGAACUAGAACAAGCCUUCAAGGAGCUAUGUGACCCCGAGAUCCCUGUCCGAGGUCAUGGCUUGCUGCGUCUGACUCACCUCAUUCAAAACAAGGAUCCUUCAGUCUUGUCUCGACUGGAGACCUUGGUCAAGAUAUUUGAGGAGAAUCUGCAACAUCAAGAUUCCUAUCUGUACCUGGCUUCGGUCAACGGACUUGCAGCCCUCACUGACCGAUUCCCUGAUGUGGUGGUGCCAAGACUUGCCCAGGAGUUUGCAGAGACAGGUCCGCAGAAGUCAGCAGAACUGAGGAUGAAACUUGGAGAAAGUUUAGUGAAGGCAGCAAGGAAUUUAGGAGACAUGAUCCCCAAGUAUCGCGAACUGCUGCUAGCUGCCGUCUUGUCAGGAGCUCGGAGUGAUGAUGCCAUGGUCCGUGCCAGCAGUUUGUCCAAUCUGGCCGAGAUGUGCAAGCUGUUGAGGUUCUCCCUUGGAAAUGUGCUUCAUGAGGUGUUUGAGUGCUGCUCCAGCAUUGUGAAGACUGACCCUGACCCAGAGGCCAGGAAGGCGGCCAUCUUGACAAUCACCCAGCUAUUGCAAGGGUUGGGAGCUGAUGCACCCAAGUUUCUGGGGUCUCUGCUGCGAGACCUGUACCGUCUCCUGAAGCUGGUUCACGUCUCCGAUGAGGAUGACAUGGUGCGCACUCACACCCUGCUGGCUCUCAACGAGCUGGAUGUCAUCAUGAGGGGAGCGCUCUUUCCUCAACAGAAACUGGAGAAGAAGAUCACGAUCUUGCACCCAGACUCUUGACACAGGGAACCAGGACGUGGUGCUCAACUGGCAUUUGUGCCAGUUUAACAUGAGUGAAGUUGAACAUGAACAUUCCAUCCAGUUGGACCUGUCAACCUUGCACCGUGUUGGUGCUUUGAACCAGACUUUGAUUUGAGUGACUGUUCAGUUUGGCAACAGUUUGGCAUUAAAUACCAAGCAAACAAACCAACAACAGCAUUUAGGUCUGGAUAUGUCUAUCCCUCAUGCAGUAACAUAUUGUAAAUAAAGAAUGAUUCUAUAA